AUGAUCCUAGUCUAUGUUGAUGAUCUGAUAGUUGCUGGAAAUGACAUGAAGGAAAUCAAUGAAGCAAAGAUGUUCCUUGCAUCUCAGUUUAACAUGAAAGACAUGGGUGAAUUGAGAUACUUUCUUGGAAUUGAAGUAGACAGAAGUGAACAAGGGAUGUUCUUGUCUCAAAGAAAGUAUAUCACAGAUAUACUGGAAGAAUAUGACAUGAUGAAUGUCAGACCUCUCAAGCUUCCCAUGGAUGCACAUCUAAAACUGAGAGUUGAUAGUGGAAAUGUCAUGGCUGACCCUGAACCAUAUCAAAGGCUAAUAGGCAGACUCAUCUACCUCACUAUCACAAGACCUGACAUAUCCUUUACAGUUCAUGUGCUAAGCAAAUUUAUGCACAAGCCAACUGAUGUUCACUAUCAGUGUGCUGUAAGAGUUCUAAGAUAUUUGUCAGGGACAAUUCAACAAGGAAUUCUCUUAGCAUCACAAGGAAGUGCUGAACUCAAAGCCUACUGUGACAGUGACUGGGCAGGAUGCCAAAGCACUAGAAGAUCUACAUCAGGAUUUUGCAUUCUCCUUGGGAGAUCUCCAGUCUCUUGGAAAUCAAAGAGACAGUCUACAGUUGCAAAAAGUACUGCGGAAACAGAAUACAGAUCAAUGGCAUUGACAGUGUGUGAAGUGAUGUGGCUCAAGGAAUUGCUGAAGGAUCUGGGAAUGUCAAAGCUAGGCACAACAUCCAUAUUCUGUGAUAAUCAAGCUGCAUUAGCUAUUGCAGCAAAUCCUGUGCAUCAUGAGAAAACAAAACAUGUUGACAUUGACUGUCAUUUUAUUCGAGAAAAGUUCAGUGAUGGGAUCAUAGCUCCUACCUAUGUUCACAACUCUCAACAACUUGCAGAUAUGUUUACUAAGAUUCUCUCGGUUGAACAAAUGAAUCAACUAAUGACCAAGCUUGGAGUUCAGCCUCAGUCUUCACUCUCAGCUUGA